AUGGCAAAUCUCGACGACAUCCCCGAGGAAGUUCUACUGGACAUUGUCGAAUAUGUUUAUCCCAACAAGGCAGAUGCAUCCAACGAUUUGACUUCUCUCCGUCUCUAUGACAAGACCAAAGACAUCGCUGACCUCAAAAGCCUCCGGCUGACCAGCCGCAAAUUCUCCCGACUUGCUACGCGUCCACUUUUCGCUGCAGUCUCCUGCACUAUCCUGGACGCCGAAUCGCUUGAGAGGCUCGAGAAUGUGUCGCAGCAUUCCCAUAUCUCGGGAAUCAUCAAGACCGUUCACCUGAAGCUGGGAUUUUAUGACCCAAUCUUGGCCGAAGAUCCCGCAGGUCUGGCAAAAUACCUCUUGUGGGCAUGGGAGGACUAUCAAGAGCCUGCGCCUGGAGACACGGCGGCAUGGGAAGCAGUACCGACAACAGAAGAGAUAGCCAUGAGGCACACCAUGGAGGAGUGGGUUUACCUAUCGCGAUAUGCAAACCGACGGGACAGAGAGAGGCAUCUGCCGGUUCUCCACGCGAUACUGGACGAAUACCGCCGCCGCUACACGGAGCAGCAAAACCUGCGCAAGAACGGCGAUGCCAUCCACCGCGUCGGAGAGGCCAUGGCUCGAAUGCCGGCAACCAGCCUUGUCUUGCAAGACUCUCGUCAAGCGCAUUCGCACCUCGGACCUCUGCUCCUUUCAACUCUCAAAGCCAAUGCCGACCCUGCCAAGCUGGCCCUCCCUUUGAGCUGGACCGACUGCGCGAGGCUGAAGGAAGAGAGGCGCCUUCGCGAGUUCACACCCCCUUUCGACCUGCUCAUUGACAUUCCUGUUUCGUUGCACCGGGCAAACGUGACACUGACAGAGCUGCGCAUCUUGGGCUUGCAAAUCCCAGAUGAGCUGCGGGCGUGGGACUCGAUCGAUCCAUAUGGAUGGGAUCGGCACCCUUCUGGUCUCGCGCCUCUUGAUCUCACCAAUGAGAUUCAACUGGCAACGGCUGAGGAUCUGGCGGAAGCGUGCUCGGAUCUUCAAGUGCUUCAAUUCGAUCCUCAAACUAAGCGCGUCAAAGACAUCGUCCAAUUCUUUAUGCAUCACUUUCGAGACAGGCUGUCACGUUUCAGUCAAAUUAUUGGACAGAUGUGCAAGACACAAAAUCUGCGAAAACUCCACAUAGACUGCAGAUGUGUUGAUUAUGGCUCUGACCCUGAUCCGAACACCCACUACCACGAGGCAAUCUUCAAGUCGGCUUUUUGGCCCAAUCUUGAGAGUCUUCACAUCAAGAACGGCCGACUUGAGAGUGCCGACACGCUAGUAAAUCUAAUCCAGAACCUUCCCAACCUCAGCAACCUGCAGCUUGACACCUGUGGCUUGGACUACUUUCACAUCGAUGGAACCCCCGAUACCAGGUGGACAUAUUUUCUGGAACAGCUGAAGAAGGAGGUGCAUCGUCUGCGCAAGAACGGACUGAAGCAGCGCGACGUGUACACGGUGGAUGAGCUCAGGAGACGGGUCGGCUUCAGCUUCAACGUGGAACUCGGUGGCUUUACAGAGGUGGACAACUAUCUGAGGGGUGUCACGGAUGUAAACCCGGUGGUCGCAGUUUUCGAGCGGCUCAACUUGAUUGCUUUUUUCGAGAGCCUGAACUUGGCCUGA